UGGCAGCAUUACCAGCGUGGGCGUACCAGGGACCCAGCGGAGGCACAAUGCAGCGGUGCAGUGCAGGAUGGUGGGCAGAGGCUCUGUGGGGGUUGGCAGCGUCCUGUGCUGGGGCCACUCUCCUCACCAGCAAUGCUUUUCUCCUGCAGGACACUGGGUCGCUGGACACGGCGGUGCAGAGUGCCCUUCAGGCCCUCUACCCCCCAUUUGAAGCCACAGCCCCCACAGUCCUGGGCCAAGUGUUUCGGCUGCUGGAGACCAGCUACCGGGGAGAUGGACUCUGCUGCCUGCUCCAGUUCCUCAUCCCAGCCAAGCGCCUCUUCGAGCAUGUGCGGCAGGCAGCCUGCGCUCCCUACUUUAACUGCAUCUUUCUCCAUGAAGGCUGGCCCUUGUGUCUUCACGAGAAAGUGGUUGUUCACCUUGCACCACUCAACCCCCUCCUGCUGCGCCCCGGGGACUUCUACCUGCAAGCGGAGCCCUGUGAGGAGCACUCAGCACGCAUCACCGUCAAGCACCUCUCCCGCGACCUGUGCACGGUGGAGAAGACACCCAUCCCCGAGGCUGCCUACGCACUGCUCUUUACCAAUGAGUGGCUGGAGGAGAUAAAUGGUGACCAGACCAGAGCCCCCCUGCACACCUGCUUGGUGGCCACCCAGAACGGCAUCACCCCGCUGCCAUGGAGCAAGAUCGCCACACCAGAGUUCAUCAAUAAGCCCAAGACUGGAGAUGAUGGUGCACCCACAGGGGCCCAGUAUGGCUCCGCUCCUGAACCUGCAGCUGAGCUGGCAGCACCCAGCAUGCCUGCACCCCACAGCACGGCAGACGCUCCGGUGCCCUAUGGCAACGUUGCGGGCACGGUCCCAGGGUGCAAGUUCACCUCUCGGAAAUUGAGCCAGGGAAGAUACCCGGGACUGAUCAAGGUGGACCAGGCGGGGCUGCAGAAGAAGCCAACCAUGCUGGCCGUGCCCAGCCUCUGCGAGAUCGUCAGCCAGAACCUGGAGGGGGAGUAUGUGAAACUGCUGGAGGUCUCCCAGGAGCAGCUGGACCUCCUGGCCAGGUCCCUGCCACCUGCCUGCCCGGCGGGGCCGAUGGGGGCCAGGGCUGAGGCGACGAUCCCCAUGGUGAAUGGGGGACCGGGGGCAGAUGCCUGGCCCUGCGGAGGGCCUCCAAGCUCAGAGGAAGGUCCCUGCACCCCGUGCCUCAGGAGGAAGCUGAGCCUGGAGCCAGGGCCACACGGCCCACGGUGCCGCCACCGUGACUCCUACCUGGCCGCACUACAGAACCCAGUGAGCUUUGGCCCUGGGCUGAUGGCAGCCAUCCUGGAGGAGCCGGAUGGCCCCAGCCCCGAGCCACCCCCUGCUAUUCCCUGUGAGACCCCCACGCAGCAUGGGAGGGGGGCUGGCAGCCCCACGCUCCUCACCCGCCGUCCCCGCAGAACGAGUCCCGGGGUGCAGGCAGAGGCAUUGCCGCAGCAGGGCAGCCCCCGGCUCCCCCUGGGCUCCGGCCACAGGUUCUCCUUCCUGAAGGGCCCACGGUUCGGGGCAGCCCCUGGGGACGAAAGAGCCACCAGCCAGCAUGAAGGGGCCUGGAAGAAGAUGUCUGCCAUUUACUCGCCCAGGAUGGGCAGAGCCAAGCCAGCUGGAAAAGGUACAGAUGCAGCUGCUGCUCCUGUGGAAGAACGAUCCCUGGAAAGCACUGGCUGCAAGAACGGUCCCUCUGUGCCCAGCACUGGCAUCCCCGGCCGGGAGCCACCGGCCUGGCAGGAUCUGCAUGCCAGACUGCUGCACUCAGGCAUCGUGUGCCUGCCAGGGAGCUCGGACAGGAUGGGCAGGGCCCUCCUCCAGGUGACGACCAGCGGCAGCGCCUGGGGGACCACGUGGUGCUCGGCCACUGAGUUGGCAAGGCUCAUCCUCUACCUCUGCUCCCUCCCCAGGCGAGAAGCAAAGGAUGGUGGGCUCACUGUCGUGGUGGAUGCCAGGAAGCGGCCACCUGCCCCUGUCCUGUUCUCGGCCCUACGCUCUGUCCAGAGUGUCUCGCCGGGCUGCAUCCACACCAUGCUGCUGCUGUCCGAGAAGGAGCUGGUUGCUCACCGUGAGAGGCUGCCUGGGGUGCAGGUGGAGACCCUGGCAUCACUGAAGGCUCUGGGACGCUACGUCGACAGCUCCCAGCUGACUCAGGAGCUGGACGGCACCUUCCCCUACUGCCACGGCGAGUGGGUUCAAUUCUUCCAGAAACUGCAUCCCUUCAUGGCCAGCCUCAGGCGGGCAUCGGAGCUGCUGCAGAGCUGCAUCCAGGAGCUGCGGAGUGCUGAUGCACUGGCAGGGACUCAGGAUGCGGCCGUGUGCAUUGGGAGGCACCAGGAGCUGAUGCAGAGGGUGCUGAGCGACCCACAGCUGGUGUGCGUGCAGCGUGAGGCGGGGGCCGUGCUGGCCAGGAUGCGCAGGGAGGCUGCCCGGCUCAGCGCCUCAGCCGAUGUCAGGACCAGCAUGGAGACAGCUGAGCGGCUGUACAGCCAGCUGGAGGAAGAGCUUCAUGACCUGGUAUCCCAGUCCAACAGCUGCCUGGAGCGCCUGGAAUUCCUCCGAAAGGUCCAGGAACUCCAGGCCAAGUUCAGCAAGCUGGGGCGCUGGCUGGACGGGGAGGCAGCAGCGCAGCUGCAGGAGAUGGGCACUGAGGAGUGGAGCCCCAACAGCUUCCAGGGCUCUGCCGAGCAGUUUAACGAGUUCCUCGUCCAGGCAACAGCUCAGUACCAGCAUGGCUUGGCCCUGUGUCAGGAGGCAGCUGAGGUCCAAGAUAUGGCUUUCCCUGAGGCAGACACCUUCCAGGUGGCUGCAGCCCUUUUCCGGACGAAGCUGAUGAGCUUCUACAGGCAGGUGGAGCGGCGGCAGGCUGAGCAGGAGCUGCUGCAGGAGCUCAGCAGGUUCUCCAGCAAGAUCAUGGGGCCGAAGCUGGACUGCAGGCAGUGCUCAGUCCGGGUGAAGCGUGGGGAGGGCCAGGCGCUGCAGUGCCUGCAGAGCUCCUUCCAGAAGCUGUCAGUGGAGUUUGCCCUGGAGAAGCUUCAGGAGAUGAAGGCUCAGGUGUGCAGGAUGCAGAGCAGCCAAGGGCUGGCAGCCUGGACAGAGGCACAACACAGGUACCAGGAGACCCGGCAGAUCCUGGAGGAGAUGCUGGCAGAGCUGCAGGAGGCCUGGGGAGCACAAGCUGAGGGGCAGGGCGACGCCUUCUGCUCCCCCUGCUCAGGGUCUGCAGCCUCUUGCCAGGAAGGUCCAAUCUGCAAAGCAACCACAAGCCCUGAGGCAGCUGUGUUGGGGGGCCAGGGGUCAGUGGAGCCACCAGAGCCCAGCACCCAGAAACCAGAACAGCCUCGGGCCAGCAGUGUUUCUGGCCCCACGCUGGGUGCAGAGCCGAGCUCCCUGCAGCCCCAAUGCCGGCAUAGGCCAGAGGGGGACCAUGCCUUUCACUGCCAUGUCUCUGCUGAAACCUCCCUCCCAAAACCCAAGAGCAGCGCCUGCCUGGGGGCUGCACGACCUCUCGCCCAGGAGCACAGCCAGCCCCUUGAGAGGCACCCCUUCACUCUGCCUGCCCGGGUGCAUUUUCUAGGUGGUGACCCAUUCUGUCCCACCACUGUGCCCCAUGGAACUCUCUCAGCCCCCAGCAUGCAUGGUCCACCUGCAGAUAAGCAGGCAGAAGCCACCCAGUACUUCCAGGUUUCCAGCCAGAGCAGUUUCUCCUCUGAAGACUCAGAUUCGCAGAAUGCCACUGAAGAAACCCCAGCAGCGAGCCUGGCAUUGCCCCAGGACCUCCAGAGUCCAAGACCACCUUGCCCCUCCGAAAAGCUCGUCCAGAUUGUUUACCUGGAGAAACACCACACCGAGAGUCCAGCUAAAGCAAAUACCAAGUAAAACCAGUCCCUUCCCAUUGGGGCUGUUUCUGUCCAGUUGCGGAGGCCUCAUUCACUGACUUGAUGGGCCAUCCUGUGCUCAGAGGUGGGAUGCUGGGACCUAUUGCCCAACCCUUCAUCUCAGAGUCCUUCAGUUCCCCAUACUUAGCACUCACCCCACUGUGGAAUGGCAGUAACCCCAUCACCAGCCUCACGAGGUUCAUUAAUAAUCUACUAGGUGUGUAGCAAUCGUUGCAUAAAGUGCAUUUAUCCUUACAAGUGCCAGUUUUGCCUUAGGGCAGCGGUAAGGGUUCCCUGCAGUCAGCAGCCCAUGCUUGGCAUCUCAUGGGAGCGCAAACCUAUGGUGAGGUGAUUCUGCCUGCCAGCCCUGCUCUGCUCCCCCCUCUUCCAGGUGAUUUUACUGUCUUCUGCCCUGCUGCCACAGCCCUGGCUAAGCAACAGCAACAGGCAUUUUGUUUGUGUGCCUUCUUUCACAUGGGACUAACACUAUUAAUGUUAAUAAACCUGAAGAGAAGUGCC